AUGCAUGUUCUAGGUAACGGCAACACCGCUGUCGUUCUACUUCGAGAUGGCAUAGCUAUCAAAACCCCAUUGAGGUGGCCCUGGAGCUCAGACUCCGAUGUUGAAGUGAACCGUGAGAGCAUCAAACGGGAGCAAAAAGUUUAUCCCCGAUUACAAGAUUCCGAUGAUUACGGUUCGAGCGGUAUUGUGCGUUGUAUUGAAUGUUCGUCCGAAAAUACACAGCUUGCCUUGAUGCCCAACGGGGACCUGAGGACCUAUCUUUCGAAACAUCAACCCUCGUGUGAACUUCAACUCUCAUGGUUCUGCCAGAUGGCCCAGACACUGUCAUAUAUUCAUGAUAGAUCUGUACUUGUUGCGGAUAUUGCAUCCCGAAAUUUACUCUUCGACUCAGAUCUAAGCAUGGAAUUUUGUGACUUCUCUGAGGCUUCUCUUCUUCCCUUGGAUUCUGACAUGGAAGCUGUAGAUAACCUUGGCUAUACCACUCAAGUUGAUAUCGGCUUUCUCGGGGCGGUCUUUUAUGAAGUCGUGACUGGUAUAAAGUGUGACAUCAAUCUGUUCGAGCACAACGAUCCCACCGAUGGUCGAGAUUACUGGCCAGAUAGAAGUGGUCUUCAUCCUACACAGGAUAUCUGGCUAGGUCGGAUCAUUGAAGGGUGUUGGGACGGCACAUUCCGCGCUGCUCACAGUCUUCUGGAGGCUUUUAGUGCCGUUGAGUCGCCCUACAUGUGA